AUGGAAGAUCAACUAUUCAAAGUCAAUCUUAGAGCCCACUCGAGUGAUAGAGUUUCUUGGGCUAGGCUGGGACACGGGGAGGAACCGCAAAUUCGUCCCGCAGAGAAAAGUCGACCGAAUCAGAAAAGAAAUCCGGAAGCGAAUCGACUCAGGGCUCUGGAAUUGGAGACAGGCGAAGUCGAUUCUUGGAAAAUUAAACUUCGUAGGAUUUGCAAUACCUCUGGGACGGUUGCAUUGUCGGCGCAUCCAGAUAGCCAGCAAAAGACUCCCAGAAUUCGAACCAAAGACAUCAUAUCGUAUCCCGCAAGAGGUGAUUCAGCAGCUUCAUUGGUGGCUAGAGAAUUUGGAACAGACGUCAGAACUUUUCACACCUCCGAUAACAGUAUUCCUGUCGACCGAUGCGUCGGACGUUGGUUGGGGUGCUCAUCUGCUAGACAAAAUAAUCAAGGGUACUUGGACGGCCAAACAAACGUUAUGGCACAUAAACAAAAAGGAGUUGUUUGCCGUUUUCCGUGCAUUGAGGAGGUACAGGGCGAUUCUGAGGCACAAAACCGUAUUGAUACAGUCCGACAGCCAGACGGUUGUUGCUUAUAUAAGAAACGAGGGAGGCACCAAAUCCAGAACCCUUCUCAGAAUGACGGAACAGCUACUGUUGUUUGCAAGGAGCUACCAGAUCCAGAUAUCAGUAAGGUACAUCCCGGGGUUUACAACAGUAUUGCCGAUCACCUGUCUCGGCAGAAGGCGGUGCCAGACUGGCACCUGUCAGAGACUGCCAUUCGUCCAAUUUUUCUCAAAUGGGGCCAACCAACAAUCGAUCUGUUUGCAACCAGGAGGUCGAGAGUCGUAGCUGCCUAUGUGAGCCAGUUUCCGGAGGACACGGACGCCCUUUUCAUAGAUGCGUUCAGUCGCCCAUGGAGCUUCGGAAUUGCUUGGGUAUUUCCCCCUCCAUCAUUAAUUCCAAGGAUGCUCCAUCACCUCAAUUCAGCGGAGGGGACUUAUAUUGUGAUCGCCCCACGAUGGGAGCAGGCAUUUUGGCUGCCCGACUUACGCAAGAGAGCGCUGGAGCCAUCACUGCCGAUUCAAGACACCCAUCUUCACCUGAUAGACAUGGCGACCAAUCAAGUUCCACCAGAAGUCCAGCAAGCUACAUUUGGAGGCUUGGAAGGUGCGGGGUGGCUACAUUACACCGAGGGAUGGAGCGCAGAUGAUAUAGCGCUUCUAUUGAAAGCCUGGAGACCUGGUACCCUCAAGACAUACUCGGCAGGCUGGAAACGAUGGCUGGAGUGGGCUAGGAGUCAGAAGGUUCAAGUCAAUAACCCUAACCCAAAGAGGUCGCAUUGUUUCUUAGUUUUUACACAAGGCUAA